CCGCUCCGGUUUGUCACACUGCAGGAGGACUGAAGUUUGUUAUAAAACACCGUUAAAAGGAAUAUUUAUCAUAACACAUGCUGUCAUGCCUGUGGAUGGGAGGCUGUUUACCUGUGAAGAUCCAGCUGUAUGGAGAGGGAUUUAUGGACAAUACUGGACUGUGAUACAAGCUAAAUCAGCUGGAAAGGGCAAGGCUUCUGGAAAGCUCCUGCAACUGGACAAAUGGUUUCAGGAGGAGCUUCCCGCAGCGAUCUCAGCUCGAUCCCAGCAUUCCCUCACACAUGCUGAGCUCGUCAAGAUCAUGGAGUGGAAACUUACCAAAGGGAAGUUUAGGCCACGUUUGCAGCAGCUCAUUGGCUCGAACAGCGAGGAGGCGGUUCAAAGCUCGACCAGCAAAGCAUUCGGUUUGUUGCCCGAUGUCCAAGCGGCAAUUACAGAGCUGUGCAAACUCAAAGGUGUCGGGCCAGCAACGGCCUCAGCCGUGUUGGCGGCCGUCGCUCCAGGUCAAGUGGCCUUCAUGGCUGACGAAGCUGUGGAGAGCGUCGCAGAGCUCAGACCGGUCGAGUACACGGCCAAACAUUAUGCACUUUUCCUCCAGAAAAUGCUGCAGAAAUCAUCCCAGCUUAAUAGAGUGGACGGCCAGCAGGACUGGACUCCUCACCGGGUGGAGCAGUGUUUAUGGGCAUGGGCAGUGGCCAAUCAGAUUCAGCCCUCAUUAAUACAGGAGUUCAAUCUGAUGGAUGCAACACACACAGCGACCAAUCAGAAGCCAGAGAAGAGGAAGACUGCUGAUGAAAAGCCAUCGAAGAGACAGAAACGAACUUAGUCAGGAUUGUGUACUUCUCUGCAUUUUCCUAGUAUAUAGUACAUGCAAUAUUAUCUAGAGAGUGUUGUCAAUGUAUCCCUUUGCAAAAGUAUCUGUGUUUUUGAGGCAAA